CGCCAUGGCGAAGCCCCCGGCGGUGGCGGCGGCGGCUGCAGCGGCGGCGUCGGAGGAGCUGAGCCAGGUGCCGGACGAAGAACUGCUGCGCUGGAGCAAGGAGGAGCUGGCGCGGCGGCUGCGGCGCGCCGAGGGUGAGAAGGUGGGCCUCAUGCUGGAGCACGGCGGCCUGAUGCGCGACGUGAACCGGCGGCUGCAGCAGCAUCUGCUGGAGAUCCGCGGCCUCAAGGACGUGAACCAGCGGCUGCAGGACGACAAUCAGGAGCUGCGCGAGCUCUGCUGUUUCCUGGACGACGACCGGCAGAAGGGGCGCAAGCUGGCGCGCGAGUGGCAGCGCUUUGGGCGCCACGCGGCCGGCGCUGUGUGGCACGAGGUGGCCCGCUCGCAGCAGAAGCUGCGGGAGCUCGAGGCGCGCCAGGAGGCCCUGCUUCGCGAGAACCUGGAGCUGAAGGAGCUGGUGCUGUUGCUGGACGAGGAGCGCGCGGCGCUGGCGGCGGCGGGGGGCGCUGGCGGCAGCGGCGGCGGCGCGGGCUCCCGCAGCUCCAUAGACAGCCAGGCUAGCCUGAGCGGGCCGCUGGCGGGCAGCACGGCGGGCUCUGGGGCCCGCGAUGUUGGCGACGGCAGCAGUACGUCCAGUGCGGGCAGCGGCGGCAGCCCGGACCACCACCACCACGUCCCACCCGCGCUGCUGCCCCCCGGGCCGCACAAGGGUCCGGACAGCAAGGCCGGAGUCACGCGCCGGUCCCUGGAUGACCUGUCGGCGCCGCCGCACCACCGAAGCAUCCCUAACGGCCUGCACGAUCCCUCAUCCACCUACAUCAGGCCCCUGGAGACCAAGGUGAAGCUAUUGGAGGGUGACAAGCUCCCCCCACAGCAGGCAGGCCCUGGAGAGUUCCGGACACUGCGGAAAGGCUUCUCUCCAUACCACUCGGAAUCCCAGCUCGCAUCCCUGCCGCCCUCCUACCAGGAAGUCCUGCAGAACGGCCCAGCCUGCCCUGUCCCCGAGCUGCCUUCACCCCCUUCCACAGUCUACAGUUCUGCAGGACAGAAGCCCGAGGCUGUUGUGCACGCCAUGAAGGUUCUGGAAGUACAUGAGAACCUCGACCGGCAGCUUCAAGACAGCUGUGAAGAGGACCUGAGUGAGAAGGAGAAGGCCAUCGUUCGAGAGAUGUGCAAUGUGGUCUGGAGGAAACUGGGAGAUGCAGCCAGCACCAAGCCCUCCAUCCGGCAGCACCUGUCUGGGAACCAGUUCAAGGGGCCUUUGUAGGGCCAUUCCUCCAUGGAUGUGGACUGGCCCCGUCUGGAGUCUGAGGCCCUGGACGUGGCAGGAACUCUGGCCUAGCACCGUCUUUCUCUGUGGUGAAUUGUACAUAGGACAUGGCCCACCCUGGCUGCCCUGGCGUGACACUGACAGCCAGGCCUCCCCCACCUCCUGCCUCCCUCACCAGCAAACCUUGGGAAGACGAUCAGCAGUGGGCUGUGUGCUGCAGCAGAGUGGCCGGGCAGCCUGGCUCCCUCUUUGAGGUCCGUGUUCCACUAUAGCAAGAAGCUUCUGAGACUCCAGGCCCAGGGACUGACUGUCUGGGGCUGUCCCGCGCUUCGUGGAAGUCCCUCAUCAAGCCUUCCUCCCUGGCUGUCCCUCACACUGGACAGAGGCCACCAGAGCCUGAACUGUGACACAGGUGGCACUUUGCUGCUACCCUGCCAUAGCCAGGACCCCGGGUUGUGGAGCACUGGCUCCCACGUGUCCAUGGCUGGCUGGGAGCUCAGGGUUCUCUGCUACCUGCGGGUCAGUACCUAGCCACCCUGGUGCCAGCUGCUGCUUCUUAGCGUUCACCCUUCUGGCAACGUCUCCCUGCCCAUGCCAGGCUUAGCCGUCUCUUAGGCCUCUCCUGCGAGUUUCCUUUUCUGGUUUACAGCAACAUAGGAAGUCCUGGAGAGGGUCUGGGCUGAGUUCAGCAUUCUCUCUGGGCAGGAAGAACUGGGCCAUGGUACUAGGUCACUGUCAGUGUAGCCUCAACCCAGGUGCAUCCUGGGUCACCAUGGAUGGAGCAGCAGGAGUCGCCCCUGAUGAGUUUUCCUUGGGAAGGAAGGGGCAUGACCUGGUUCUGGCUUUAAUUUGCGGUGUGGCCUUCAGCAAGUCACUCAGCUUCUCUGGGCCCCUAGUAAAAAGGUGGGCUGAGGUUCCUUCUCGCUCUGCUCACUCUAGAAACCACCCCACUUUGGUGGGCCUCUGUCCUCUCUCGCAGCUGAUGAGCUCAUAUGGUGACCUAGUGGGAACAUGUUAGGCGGGCAGGACAGUGGCUGGCCUGUUGGCCAUGCUGUCUCUCCACGGGUCACCUCUCUGAGCCCCAUUUCCUCCCUAGGGACCAGGGCGUUCAAAUAAGUGCUUCCGUGUGCACGACCAUGCCCCAAACGGUGACAUGAUUGACAGGGAUGUCUUCUAACCUGGUGUGAGGAAAAUGAGAAAGUGGGUGCUUUAGUGACAUGUGCAGACGAUAUCUCCACCUGGGGGAGGACCAGGCCAUGUUGCUGGCAUCACCCGCAUCAUGUCUUUACUUCCUCACUCAAUGGUACUCCGAGUCCCAUGCAGCAAGCACUUGAGGCCAAAGAGCUUGUUCCCACCACAAGCAGGCCUCCUUCAGGCCCUACCCACACCCCGUGAGCAAAGGGGACAGGCCAAGAAGGCGGGUGGCACCCUUACUCCCCUCGCGGCCAAGGCCCCGUGACCUUGGGCUGUUCCCACCACCUCUGCUGCCCUCACCCUUGGGUCCCACACUCUCAGGGGAAAGGCCCAUGGCCCUUGGUGUGCCCAGGGAGUGUUGUGCAGGGGCUGUGGGGAACAGGCCUACCACUCUGGCUAUGGGACACUGGGAAGCUCUUUCUAGAAGAGCUGAUGUAUGGUAAAGUGAUGAACUUGUUGGUACCCCACCCGCUGGCCCUGGUACUCAGUGAUUUCUGCUAAGUGGGCUGCUGGGCAGGAAAGAGCCUUCCUGGUUUUUUGAGGCCAAGGAAUCCCAGAAUAAUGCUGAGGUGUAUGGGUCCACACAGGUGGGAGCCUCAUCUGGGAGUCCCAGGCAGUUACAUUUGUAUCAGGAUGGCUUAGCCACCACUGACCUAAGCAAUAAGUAAGGACUCCUGGGAUCUGAAGACUGGCCAAGAAAGAAAAGCCUAGAAGCCACCUUUCCUUUCUGGAGAGGUGUGAGCCCGUCCCUAAUGCUGCAGAGGCAUCAUGGGAAUCCAAAGAACAUUUUUUGGAGAACUCCUGUCUUUCCGCAGGGUGGUGCAAAGCUGUGUCCCAGCUUUCAGCACUGGCCUAGCUCUCUAGGACUGUCUGUGUCAUAUCUCAAACCUAACAGCCAGGAGGGGCUAGCAGCGAACGGUGAGCCCUGGGCUGGGGAGGGCAGGUGGUCUUCUGGGACCCCCGUUUCUGGAGCCUUAGCCUUUGCAAUGCCGACUCUCCAUCUCAAGCUCACAAGAUGCUUGCACUGGCUCCACCUCCCACUGUGACGGAGGUCACCCGGCCCCAUCCAGGUGGCCUCGCCUACCCUGGAGUCAGAAUCUGCUGAGCACAUUUUCAUUCACGUUAAAACAGCCGCAAGCCAGUGUUUAAAGAGAAAGUGACCUUUCAUUUUUCUUUCUUGAAACUUGAGAGGGAGAUACAUA